AGUAAUGGUUGAGAUGGAAGUUUAGCUGAUUUCCAAAAUAUGUUAAUAUCAGACAUUGAAGUACUUUUGGAUAGACGCAAUGUUUUGUUUCUAGUAGGAAUUAUAAAAAGUGCUUUAGAUUAGACGUAUUAAUUACAUAUCGACUUUACAGGGUUACAAUAUCUUACCAAAUACAUUUUCUUGGGCACAUGCUCAGGGUAUGUCUUCUGCACACCAAUAAACUUAAACUAAACAUUAAACAUUUUAACAGCAGUGCCUAAAGAGCCAUGCUUAAAUGUUACUAAACGGUCUGAUUACUUUGAAUCAGAACAUGGAUGUAUGGAUAAAUAAUGAAGGUGCUGUUUUUGCAAAAGAGAUGAAUAGCUUAGAUCAGUUUAGUUAGAAAAAGGACUUUAUAUUGGACAUACAAUGGAACAAUGAUGUUCCGUUGCUCCAAUUUCCAUGUAAAACUGCUGUCUCAGGUAUAGGACAGGUAAUUAUUAGAAAUGUUUUGCACGCGCGUGCGUGCAUGUGUAAUGUUAUGUAAUGUUUUUGUUUUUAGAUGUAUUUUCUUCUGUGAUGUGUGAUUCAUGGGAAGAACUGAACAAAGAUAUUAUAUUUACACUUUGUCUGCAACAUUUCAUAAAAAUGUUGGUUUGAACUUUGCGUUCUGAUCCUGUGCCCCGUUGUGCCUUUGUGUUCACGCCUCCUGGUAAAUGAGGACAUUUACUUUGCAGCUCUGGAUCCAGCCUUUUGCCAGGGAACGUCUAUCACUGUAUUUUGGGAACUUGAUAGGAAAUGUUAUUGUGUGAUGCCCUUAAAGCAGCAAUGACCACAGAUCAGUUUUUGCCCAUGGACGAUAAGUCAGCAACAGCUGUCUUUGCUGCGAACGGUAUUGACGUAACACCAAGGAAAGAUCAGGGAGUUUUCAAGGUUGUGAGGCGUCAGGGACUCGAUGGGGACCGGCCAAUGAUCGGGGACAAAGUGACCGUACACUACACUGGAAAACUGCUUACUGGGAAGAAAUUUGAUUGCAGUUGGGAACGGAAGGAGCCAUUUUGCUUUAAUGUAGGAAAAGGACAAGUCCUGAAAGCAUGGGACAUUGGUGUGCUGUCCAUGCAGAGAGGAGAGGUGUGCAGCUUGCUCUGUAAACCAGAUUAUGCCUACGGACCGACUGGAAAUCCAGACAAAAUUCCUCCCAACUCUUCAGUAGUGUUUGAGAUGGAGCUGCUUAACUUUGAAGGAGAGAUACUUACAGCUGAUGGCGGCAUUAUGAGGAGAAUAAAGGUCAAAGGGGAAGGUUACAGCAAUCCUAACGACGGAGCGACCGUUGAUGUGCACCUGGAGGGACGCUGUGGGGACCGGCUGUUCGACUGCAGGGACGUUAGCUUCAUUGUUGGUCAAGGUGAAGACAAAGGCAUUCCUCUGGGGGUGGACCGAGCGAUGGACAAGAUGCAGAGAGGAGAAUGCUGCUUACUUUACCUUAAACCAAAGUAUGGGUUUGGUAAUGAAGGCAAACCAGAGUACAAAGUUGGACCAGAUAAAGAAAUUGUGUAUGAAGUUACUCUAAAAAACUUUAAAAGGGCUAAAGAAUCCUGGGAAAUGGACUUGAAUGAAAAGCUGGAUCUCGUCUCUGGAGUGAAAACUAAAGGGAAUCAGUAUUUCAAGGCGGGACGGCACCACCAGGCAGUCAUCCAGUACCAGCGGAUCAUUUCCUGGCUGGAGCUGGAGUGCGGUACCGGGAUGGAGCAGCAUAAGAAGAUACAAGACUACGUUUCAACAGCUCACCUCAAUUUAGCGCUAUGCUUCCUUCGGCUAAAAGAGUUCUCUCAAGCAGUGGACAACUGUAAUAAGGUAAUUGAGCACGAUGAGAGCAACGAGAAGGCUCUGUAUCGCCGAGGGGAAGCGCGGCUUCUCCGCAACGAGUACAGCCUGGCCAUGGCGGACUUUCAGAAGGUCCUGGAAGUCAACCCCUUUAAUCGCGCUGCUCGUGCUCAGCUUUCCAGCUGCCAAAGCAAGAUGAAGGAACAUCAAGAGCAGGAAAAGAAGAUCUACGCCAACAUGUUCCAGAAAUUUGCGGAGAGGGACUCCAAGACUGGGAGAAUGAAGAGGAGAAAGGACGAGAGCACGCGGAGCGGCAUGAACGGCGAAGUGGGCAUUAAACGAAGGCGACGAAGUCAGGACUGCCCAUCAUAGCAGGGACAUUUUGAAAAAGGGAGAGGAGACGGCCUCCUAUCUCCAGGGAGCAGAGGCGGUGAAAAAAGCUGAAUAAAAGCCUCUAAUCCGCACCUCUUCAACCCAAAAUCCAGCGGGACCAUUCCUGCAUAUAAAGCAGAGAGUGAGCUGAACAGCAUUUAUUUGUCACGCGUACUGUUGGACAGCCUGAACGUUCCUCCCCGUGGGGACAGUACUACAAAAAAAUCACAGAGUGAAUAUUGAUAUGAACACUUUUUUUUUUUUGGUCCAGUCUGUUAUUAGAAAAAAGUACUUUCAUUUCUUCAACCCCCCCUCCCAAAAAAAAACCAAAUGAAUCCACCCCUUUUUUAAGAGUCAUCUGGCCACUGUGCUGACAUGUGCCUCCAUAGUGUGUUUCCAAGACCAGUCAUUUCUGGUUUUCAGGCUUCUGACUUGGUAUUAGGCCUUUUUUAGGGCAGCUGCAUGCGUGUAUCAUGUUUGGGAUUCAGACUUGAAACGUUGCAAAAUUUUAAAAUGUGCAAUAUGAACUUUGGAUGAAAAAAAAGGCAGAACCUGUUAUCUCAUUAGUGUUUAAAAAAAAAAAAACACGAUAAAUUAUGUUUCACCCAACGACCUAGCUUAAGCUUGGGUUAAACAUGGAUAAGUCAUAGGGACAGCUCAUUUUUAGACAAUAAAGAUUUUAUAAAUUACAGAUCAAAAUAAUAAUAAUUAAAAAAAAAAGCACAAACAGAUGCCAAAAUGGUCCUAAAACAAAGAUCUGUAUUUUUAAGACGUCGCAAUUCCUGAUUGACAUUUGUCUGUAGAUAUUUCUUUUUUUAAAUAUGUCAACAGCUGAAAAGGAGUGAAAAUUUAGCACUUUGUUUUCCUAAACUUGUUUUGACAAUGAUAAUGCACUAAAAUUUAUAUAUCCAUGAUAAUAUCUUUUUAUUUUUUUAAUUUUAUAUACUUCACAAAUCAGACAGUAUUAAAGAAAAGCCAAGUCUGGUACUGUGAUAAGUUCAACUAAAUGAGGACAAACAUCUGUGCGAGGUUUAAUGAAAGGCACUUAUUACAUUUUAAGCCACUUGCAGCUGCAAAACUGUUAGUCUGAUGAAAAAUACAAAAUACAAGUGUAUUCUCCAAAACUUUAGCAUCAUUUUAAAGUUUAUUUCAGUGAUUUAGUUUAGAAAUGGAAAGUCAAAGAGACUCAGAGUGGUGUAUUUAAAGUGUUUGUUACUGGAUUUAAAGAUCACAAUAUUACAAUAUUACAUUAGAUCAAUGGAAAAAAAAUCUCUAUGCCAAAAUAUGGGUCUAUCAAUCAAAUUUGAUGGGUCUAUCAAAUUUUUAGUCAGACCUCUUUUCGUACAGUGAAAUGUAACUCAAAGUCCUAAAAGGUAUGUGUAUGUACUUUACAGAACAUACAAAAAGUCCCUAGUCAGCUCCUUUUGCAUGAAGCCAUCAUGGUACUGAGGUGAUCAGCCUGUGGCUCUGAGGUACUAAAGCAGAUCGGCCGUCGGCUUGUUGUGUGUGUCUCAUCUUCUUCUUGACAUAACUCCAUAUUUUCUGUUCAGUCUAAUCAAGCACAGCGACGCCACUGUCAAAUGAGUGUCGAUCGUUUGGCACGGUGCACAGAUGCUGAAAAAAAUGACAUCAGUGUCUCCAUAAAGCGUUUCAGCAGAAAUAAACAUGAAGUUCUUUGACUUUGGACUUGAGAAAGAAAAAAAAAACAAAAAAACCAGUGGACCAAACACCAGCAGAAGACAUGACUCCCAAAUCCUCUUUACUCAGGACCUUAAGCGACUUGGAUUCUGUGCCUCUCUGCUCUUCAUCCAGACUCUGGGACCUUGAUAUCCAAAAGACAUGCUAAAUUUGCUUUUAUUUAAAUAUAUGACUUUGCACCACUGACGACAAGCCAGUCUUUUUUUUUUUAUUAUUAUUAUUAUUAUUACCCCAGAUAAGAUACUUCAGUGUUUCAGAAUGAACGCAGCUCCAUUUGCUGGAUGCCUUCUGUGUGUGGUGGCUUUUAAAGCUUUGACUCCAGACACUUCAUGAACAUCCUUGUCUAGGCUUUCCUUGUGCACCUUUUGGCUGUUGCAGUUUUUCCUUCAGCUCCACUUUCUUUUAAUGUGCUUGGAUACAGCAGCCUGUGAGCAGCCAGCUUAUUUAGCUGCGAUUUUCUGACAAACCAUCCUACUGAAGGGCGUCAAUUAUUAUCUGAUGGAGUUCACAGUUGUUUCAUCAGUAUUUAGACGUAACAUUUCUCCAUUAAAAAUUAUCUUUGUACUGGCUUUAUGUAAUAUUCUAAGUUUCUUAUUAAGUUUUGACCUGCUUUAAGUCCCAAUUAACAGAAAUAAGCGCUUUAAAUACACCACUCUGUGCUCAGUGACUCUAGACAAUAUAUAAUUUCAAUUCUCUAGUGAAAUUACUGAAGUAAAUAAACUUUUGGAUGAUGUCAUAGGAUUUUGAGAUGCGCCUGUGUGUUAUGUUAUCAGUGAUGCAGUGGUUUAGCGCUCAGAUCUCGCACAGCAGGAAGGUUGAUCCUGCAGGACGCCCAAAGCCUUUAUGUGAGACGUUUCUUUCUUUUCAUCAGUUUAUUCCCACAGUCCAAAGACGUACACGUUAGGUUAAUUGGUAAAAACGCGAUUUAGUUCUAACUUUGUGUCAGAUAGAGUAGCUCGCAGCCCCAUCUCCUUCAAACCUAAAUUAAUGUUUACACUCUGGAGCUUUAAAUACAUUUAAAGAGUUAAACUGAAGCCGUGUCCUCUGUAAAAAUGGCACAACGCGUUCGAAGGCUUAUAGUGACGAUAGAACCCGAAACAAAAGGACAUCACCCCCGCUUUUGUAUUUGGCUUCUUCUUCGUCUGUGUGGGAAACUUUGGAAUCAUCACAAAUUUCUUUAAUUUAUUUUUCUAGCGAUAUGAAUUAUUAUUAUUUUUAUUUUUUUGCCUCAGCUCUGAAAAUGUUUUUUCUUACUUUAUACUCAAUCCAUUUCUUUUUAAAAACGAGAAAAAAAAUGAAAAUAAAAGUGUGUUAAUGUUUGUGUAAAGGGCAAUAUUGCACUUUGGUUUCUGUCCAACCAACACUGUCAUUCUUGUAUGUCAUGUCCAAAUCUCUCUGGACAAUAAUAUUGAGAUGUUUUAGAAACAUUUGGCUGGUUCAGAAUGAAAACCUUAGCUGUCUUAAAGAUUUUGCAUAAAAAAAAAACAACAAAAAAAGUGACAACAUUGUGUUUGUGUGUCUGUAUAUAUUAUUGUAUCUUGACAAGGUUUCUAAACAGCUUGUUGCUAAAUGUUUUCCAAGUGCUGCUGCCUCUAAAUAUUCAAAUAUUUUGUAUAGUGAAAAUGAGCAUGAAGUACUUUUUCCUAGCCGUUUUAAUCUGUAGACUAAGAUUUACAGGACAUUUUACCAACUUGCAACUAAAAGUAAAAUAUUUCAUGCUUCUUUUUUGUCACCUUUUGGUUCAUUUUAAUCAGAGAUUCUAGAUGUGAAGUAGAAACAAAAAAAAAAAAAACUGUAGAGAAAAAGCAGCUGGGUAAACUGCAGUGUGUCUGAUGUGUGAUUGGAUUUAUCAAAACUGUUGAGGCUUUUCUGUCACAAAACGUGUUUACAUGUACUGAAAUGAUCAUUGUCUUGUAAAGAAAUGAUCCAUGUUUUGAAUCGGCAUUUAUGCAAAAGAAAUAUUUUCAGACUAAAUGUG